AUGGCUGAAAUUGGUUACACAAACGGUUAUACAACUCCUUUAUCAAUAUCAUUAUCGUAUAUUGAAUUAUUUUUCAACGUAACAUCCUAUCUUUUCAUAUCUGUUUUUUGUAUUACAUUGAUUAAAGAGAAGUCAUUUUCUCGAAAUCUAGUGAUUAUCAUGGUCAAUACUGCAUUCACUUAUUUAUUUUAUCAUGUUUCAAGACUAACAAAGUUGAUUUUCGAAUUAUGGUUCUACGAUCCUUAUCAACCGCCACCUGAUUUUACUGCUGAUUAUCUUGUAACCAUAACGAAGCAUGCAACAUGUAUUAAUAUUGCAACGAUUGUCGUCGAACGAAUUAUUUCAACUUUUUCGAAUAUAAAUUCAGGCAAAAAAAAUUGCUUGAAAACAAUUAUUUUCAAUUAUUCUAGCAUAAUAUUGGUUGCACUACAGUGGGCUGUAGCUUUAAUGAUAUUUUAUUUGUUCAUCAAAGGAAUCAUUGCUCGAUCUCUACCGUAUCUUAUUUUUGCACCGAUAUAUUUGCUUGGCGGAUUGAUUUUCGCCUUAUUACCGAGAAUCGCUCGAAAAAUAAACGAAAAAAAUCGUCUCAAACAACUGCAAAAUUUACAACAUUCAUUGAAAAAUCGUUAUUAUUAUUUGCAAAACGUAAAAGCUGCUGAGAUCCUUAAUCCAAUUAUAGUAUCCGUAGCAUUUUUAUCCACUGUUUGGAUUAUCAUUGGCACCGUGAGAUAUCAAUUUAUCAUUAGCGAUCAAGUCAACAGUAUUUUGAGACCUCUGUAUUUCAUGAUUUAUUCAAUUGAGGUGGAUAUCGUAUCCGUAUUGCUUAUGUACAAAAGUGAAUGGUGGCAUAGACUUUUGAAUAAACACUCAUGCGGUAGUGCGAAUCAAGAUAAGCCUAAAAGAAGUGGAACAAUUGCACCAGUACGAGAUGUCGAUAUGUAUUUCAAAAGUUAUGCAUGGUGA